GUCACAACCAUCACAGAGAACGGACUCUUAUGGAUAAGGACCCUUCCUCUCCAAUGGCUAUAUGAAUUUUGUUUUCCCUCUAUAAAUAUUACCCUAUUACACGUCGCCCCUAAUCCUUUUUUCUAUUCUAUUAUUCAAAGUUUUUACCUUUACCAAAUUCUCAAGCAUCUUUUGAGCCAAAACCCCCCUCUUUCUUUGUCCAUUGUUCUGUUUUUCUUGGUAUCUGGUUCUUUGAUCAAAUCUUUUGUAAGAAUAUUUUCUGGGUUUUUCUUGUUUUUUGUUGUUUUGGGAAAGUAUGGCUAGUGCUACUAUUGGUAUGAUUGGAGGCAAUGGUUGUGCUGGUUCUUCAUCUUCUUGGUUUCAGAUCAAGAAUAGGAGAAAGAAGAAUAAUUAUAUGGGGAGAAAUAGAGUCAGGUUUCUCUGUGUUUCUUCUUCUUCUUCUGUGAUGGAUCCUUAUAAGACCCUUAGGAUCCAGCCUGGUGCCUCUGAAUCUGAGGUCAAAAAAGCCUUUAGGCAGCUUGCUUUGCAGUAUCAUCCUGAUGUAUGCAGAGAAAGCAAUUGUAGUGUGCAGUUCACUCGGAUUAAUGAAGCCUAUGAUACUGUGAUGAGUGGCUUGAGAGGAGAAGCAGAAGAAUCACAAAUGUACUCAUCAUAUGAGCCGUACGAUCAAGGAAUAGAUGAGCCAAUGAGAGGAGUGAACGACCCAGAUUGGGACAUGUGGGAAGAGUGGAUGGGAUGGGAAGGUGCUGGAAUUAGGGACUACACAUCCCAUAUUAAUCCUUACAUUUGAGAAAGAAAAUUGUAAAUAAUAAUAAUAAUAAUAAUAAUAAUAAUAAUAAUAAUAAUAAUAAUUAUGUAAAUUAAACCCUAAACCCACACACAUGCAUAUAUGUAAAUGAGCAACCUUAAUUAAAAGAGAAGGUUGUGUUCCUUGUAUAUAAUGGAUGUGGGAUUAUGAGGUUAUUUUCUGUUCAUAAUAAUAUGGUUGUGGAGACUCUUUAUUUUAUCAA